GAAUAGUUGACGAAAUUGGUCGAAAAAGGAAAUUACUCAAGGAUUUCCUCAAUUUGCUCCCUGUUUUCCUGCCCAAUUACCUAAAAUCUCCACAUUAGAACACAACGUGCAAAAUAAGAAAGGAAUUUACGUGUGAUUUGUAUAGGAAUUUAGAUAGUGAUAAAAUGUGAUGUGUUAAAAGUGCACGGUGUCACCCCAAAAUCAAAAGGACACAGUGUUCAGGAGAUUGCAGGAAAAUCAUGGGAAAAAUGGCUAUUUUGUGAUCAAUCUCCACAUUCUAACGUCCAACUGGAUCUCUUGAGCAACAAUAAUUGUGAUAUCAAGUACAAUUGGAUUAUUCCUGUUGUUUAUAAAAGUCUGUGGGUUGUGGGAUUUGACGGUUUAGGAGAGUGUUGUAGAAGAAAUCACAAAAGAAAAUGCACUGGGGCUGGGCAUACGAUGGCGUAAAUUCAACUGUGCCUCGGAAUUGUGGUCCAGAGUGUGCAAAUUUCCUCUCAACCAGGAGGCAAUGGUGUGAGAGUAUUCUAGUUACCAGUCUGAGUCUAUGGACGCUCAAAUGGGCAAUUUUGCGGGUAAAACCCAUCCCUAAGCCCAUCCAGCGACUAUCGCAUGAUCCAACGCCUUGGUUCAAGCAAGUGCUCCUCGUGGGCAUGACACUGACCUUUGGCCUGGAACUAGGAUUCAAAUUUGCCUCGAGAACCGUCAUCUACGUUCUCAAUCCAUGCCAUAUCACAACGAUUAUUCAGAUCUACUUGCUAGCUGCAAAACCAAGCAAUUUCGUAACAAUAAUGUUUCGCAUUCAAAUGAACUACUUGAAUGGACCAUUGCUGGCCUUCCUCUUUCCUGAGACGGACUCCCGUCAGGUGGUCAUGGAGGCGACUGUGUAUUGGAUCCAGCAUGGUCUAAUGUUCAUUAUUCCUGUGUACCUGUUACGCUUAGGUGGUGUCUAUACAAUGGAACCACUAUCAGACAUCAGCUGGAAUGUGAUAAGUUACUCUAUUUGUUUGAUAUAUCACUUUGUGUUACUGGAAAUAUUUGCCCUUCCAACACAGGUGAAUCUCAAUCAUAUGCUGUGUCCAGCACUUCUGGAUCCCUUCACAGGACCGAGCUAUCGUCUCUGGGCGGUCCUCCAUCAAGCAAUCCUGUGUCCACUUCUUGGCAAACUCUAUUAUUGCCUUUUUGCGCCAUCGCCACCACUUUCAAUUCAACCAAUUAUCGACACGGCGACAAAGCACUGUGAUAAAACCAUAAAGGACGAUGAGUCUAUUAAAAAUGGUCCUAACAAUAAAAUUGUAUUAGUAGCUAAAAAUAGUGGCGUUGAGGAAAAAAAUGUUAAGAGUGAAUAGUUGGAAUUGCUAAAUAGAAUGAAUUUUCUUAUUUACUGAGGUUUCUCUUCGUUUUUGAUCAUUAAUAACAGAGGCGUAGGAAGAGGUUAUGGUGGGCAGAAAUAGUGAGUCACCUGAGUCUCCCAAUAUCUCGAAAUUCGAACAGUGAACAGUGUGCAAAAUACCCUAAAAAUCUCUCAAAAUGAUAAGAGGCAGAGAUAAGCGUCUAGAUCUAGACCUUCUUCCUUGUUCUUUUUACAAUUUUUUUUCAAUUUUUGUUUAAAGGUUGUGUAGGCCAAAUUUUCGUCCAUACAUGACAAUAACCUUGAGAAAACUCUACUCCGAGUUUUUCAAGGCCAAACUUUAACAAAUACUUUUUGAUAAUCUCAGAAAUUACUUCAACGAUUUUUGUUUCAUUUUGGAUAUAUUUCAAAGGUUGUCUAGGCAGAUAUUAUGGUUUUUCAAGAUCAUAUAUUUAAAGAAGGUCCUACAUUGGGCAUGGAAUUUCUUAACUAAAUGGGUUUAAAUUCAAUUUAGAAGGUCUAUUAAAUGUUUAACAAGUCUGAAUCGGUCAAGGAAUCGAUUGUCUUGCGUUUAAAGCUUUAAGAACGAUUGGGACACCGGUGUCCCUAAAAAAAUAUCUUGCGGCCUUCUAAUGUUAUGAUUUGCUCUAAGAAGUCAGAAAAAAAAAUUUAUUUUUUUUCUGACCCUCUUAUUCUUAAAGGUCAAGCAAUUUAAUUCUUUAAGGGUCAGUGGAUAAUCGUGACCCAAAAACACAAAUUGUGUAUUUUGAUCAUAGCUGUUUAUUCAUCGGAGAAAUGCAAAUGCAAACUUGCCUUCGCUGAGAAACGGUUCAUUUAUGUUUUAGAAACGCGGAAACAUGACUGGGAACGUAGAAAACAUCAUUGGAUAUGCUUAAUAAAAUUAGAAACACACCAAAGAAAAUUAUGUCCAUAUUGAAAGAGUUUUUCUACGCAGGAAUAGGGAAUUUCCUUUAAUAUGGACAUAAAAUUCUCUAGUGUGUAGAGGCCAUAAAGCUGGAUAUACUCUAAAUCUAAACACUGAGAGAAAUCCGAAAAAGUUAAAGUAACAUUCCGGAAAUGUUAAUUUUAUCCUGCAGUAUUGAUCCGAAAUCGUUGUAAAUAUUACCCGUUUAAGGUGUAUUAGGUGUUAAAAUUACCCUUUUCCAUGUUAAUUUUACCCUUAAAAAGGUGUAAAAUUAACAUUAAAAAAUGUUGAUAUAUUUUUACAUGUAAAAAGUGUUAAAGUUAUGAGGAAAAAAGUUAAUCGCACCCCCGUUUUUUUCUCAGUGUAGAAACAUGGAAACAUAAUUAGAAACAAGGAAAAAUGAGGAAAUAAAACAAUACUUGUAGAAAACUUAAUAAGAAACGCGAACACAAAAUUAGAAACUUGAGAAACAUGGCUGGAAUUUCAGGAAAAAAUUAGAAACAUGGCUGGAAACAAAGAAACUUAUUUAGAAACGUAAAAAACAUGGCUAAAAAUACAGAAACAAAACUAUGAAAAUGGAAAGCGUGGUUGGAAACGCAGUAACAUAAUUAGAACCAUGGGAAAACAUGGUUAGAAGUAUUGGUAUUGCUAGAAAGACGAAAACAAAAGAAGAAACGUAGGAAACAUGACUGGGAACUUAGAAACACAAUUUUCAUCGCGGCAGAAACAGAGAAACUGAAAAAAACCUCGUGUUUCCAGAAACCAUUUCUUUUUCUUACGAGUUACGCUAUAUUUGUCCUCUAAAUAGUCAGAAAUAGUGAUUUUUGGGUCAUGAUUAGCGAACUGGUCCUUAAAAGGGUUAAGAACUUCAAAAGUUGCCUUUGUUUAUUGGGUAUACUGAAUAUAUGCUCCCAACGAAUCGCCACACCUGUCCUUUAGCUACGCCUCUGAUUUAAAAUUUUCUCAUUUUUUUAUGUUAUUAGCUCUCAUUUGGUCAUCAAUCGGAUUUUUUAAUCUCUGAUUAACAUUCAAAUGCAGAUAUACGUUUGCGAAAUGAUUGACAAUAUUACUGUUGAGGAAACAAGAUAUCAGUUGCAUUCCCGUUUCUGAAAUGUGAGAUCAAUGAAUAGAUUUCUAAACAAAAAUUUUAACAAAUUUAUUCAUUGAUUCUGAACAUCUGGGUUUGUAGAUAACCAAAAAAAUAACAUUUUAAAAAUAAAAAGUAGAAUUUCCAGUAAGGGAAAAACUAUAGUGAGUAGAUAAAUAAUUUAAAAGAGUAGCCUUAUAUAUUCCUCGGUAUAUUUCAUAUUUUAUACCUGAAUUUAAAACAAUUUUAUAACGUAUAAGAAAUGAAUAAAAAAAAGGAAUAACAUAACAUCAAGUUUUAAUGCCUUAAUAAGAACGCAAUUUAGCAAUAAUUGUAGAAAAAAAUAAAUACGGUAGUUUAUCUUGAGAAAUUAUAUUUAUUCUUGAAUCUCUUAAAUAUAGUUUAAAUUUUACAGUAAAAACGAUCACGUUUGAUGGAGCAAUUUGAGUUAUAAGUUGUGUGUUUUAGUAGUAAGGAGAAAAUGACAAGCUUUAGCUAAUUGAAUUUAUCAAAACGAAAAAGAAACAUAAGAGCAAACAAUUGUCUUUAUUUUGCACAGAAAGAUAGUGGAAAUUAAAUAAAGCUAAAAAUAACAUUUUUUAAUCCAAAUAAAUUUAUUUAAAAUAAUAUUAAGUUAGGGUAUCUUGAGUCCAGAAUCCAAAUAAAAGUUUAGACAAAUUCUAACAUUACAAACCUAAAUAACAAAUUUUGAGGUUAGAAGUUUUUGAAGUUUUGAAGUAAAUUUUUUGAAUUUUUAUUUUGGAAACAAGGACUAAUGUCAGAUUGCUUUUUCCUUAAUUCUGACUUCCAUAUUGGUGAAUCGAAUUCCUAGGUAUCCGUUUAUUUAACUAAGAGUUUAAAUACUUUGAAAUUUAAGGUAUAUACUGAGAUAACCUAACAAGUUUCCAAACGGUUGACAAUUUGUAAAUCGUAUAAUUUUUAUUUGAGAUUAAGUUCAAACUCUUAUCUGUACGUGCAAAAUAUAGGCAAAUCUAUCUAACACUUUACAUAUUUGCCAAUGAAAAUGCUGCAAUUAACAAACUAAUCAAAUGACAAUUUCCUAAUGUUAGUAAAUAUAGUAAGUUAAUAAAUAUAUUUUGUUAAGUGAAGUAUAAAUCCAUUCCAAUAAUAUCAUAAAUUAAUUUAAUCACAUGACAUUGUAAGAUCUGUUUUGGCCUAAAAAACAGGACAUAUUCAUUGAACACAAUGAAAAUGGUUGUAAAGGGCAAAUGAUAGAAUAUAAGCAAUUGAUAGUAUAUCUCUUAACACAAUAUACUUAUUGUAAGAUACGUAAGAAAUUAAAAGUUGCAAUUGAUUGUUUUCCUUUCUGUGAGAUUUGUAAAUAAACUCAUAUAUUGGAUUAUUAUUUUA